CUCUUCCAUAUUCUUCUCAUGUUUUGCUUUGCCUCUUUCGAUAACUUCUAAAAUCUCUGUACAUAGCAGAAAAACAGAGCUUCAUUAAUGGCUGCCAUCAAAUUCGCAACCAUGCUGCAUAAAAAUACUAACAGAAUCACUCUUGUUCUUGUCUAUGUUUUACUAGAAUGGAUUCUGAUCGCUCUUCUCCUUUCUAAUUCCUUAUUUUGUUAUCUGAUUAUCAAGUUUGCCGAUUACUUUGGUCUUAAAAGGCCCUGCCUUUGGUGUUCUAGGCUUGAUCAUGUUUUUGAGCCAUCGAAGUACCGGAAUUCUUAUAGAGAUCUUGUGUGUGAUGAACAUGCCAAUGAGAUUUCUAAACUGGGUUUUUGCUCUAAUCAUCGGAGACUAUCUGAAUCUCGAGAUAUGUGUGGGUCUUGCUUGUCCUCGUCGCCGCCGGAAAUGGAAAAUGGUGAUGAUAAUUUGAAGUGUUCUUGUUGCGGCAUCAUGAUUAAGCCUUCUUGGGAAGUUUUUGGAAAUCUCCAGAAAGGAAAUUUAAUUGCUGAAGCUGGAAAAAAAGUCGAUGAAGGGAAUGCUUCGGAUAGAAUCAGAUCAGAUUUUGUGGCCGUUGAUCAAGAAGAUGAACAGAGGAUUGAAGAAAACAGGGGCUUAGGCAUCAUUUUUGAUGAUGAUGAAGGGAUAAAACUGGAAAAAGAUGACUUUUCAUGUUUUAUUUCCAGUUUUGAUUGCAACCAAGUGGCUGCUAAUGGAGGCGAUGUGGUUUUGGAGAAAGAUCAAGUAUCAGUUGAAGAAGGAGACUUGGUUUUGUCAAUGGAUGACCAGGAGUUGACUCAAGUGAGUCAAGUCGCUUGUACCAAAGAGGAGUCUCCUGAGAUUCGAGCCAAGCAUCUAGCGUUUUACAUAGAAGGGGAUGACUGUCACUUGAUUCCAGUUGAAUUAAUGGAUUCCGAAGCUGAGGGAAGCCAAAAAAUAUACAAGUUCAGAGAGGAAGAUCAAUGUGUUUCUGAGAGUGGAAAUAAAACCAACGUUGCAGAGCUUGCAGUAGUUGAAUCAAUGGAGUCCAAUGAGAAGGAAGAUGAAGUUGAUGUUCAAUCAAAUGCAGCAACAAUAGAAGGGGAAAUCAAUGUAGAUGUUAAUCAAGCAAAUGAACCAAUUGAAGAUAUUGAAAUGCAAAAUUUGGAUGAAUGCACAAAAGAUCCUUCACCCUCCAAGGAUGCCGAGGAAGAUAAAGUUCCCGAUAAACCGACUUCCAUUGAUGGUUUCCACCCGUUGCACAAGAAAUUGCUGUUGCUAGACAGAAGAGAGCCCGGAACCGAAGAUUCGUUGGAUGGAAGUGUUUUCAGUGACAUUGAGGGGGUACUAACUCUUGAGAAAUUGAAAUCAGCUUUAAAAACCGAACGGAAGGCCUUAAAUGCUAUGUAUAGAGAGCUCGAGGAAGAGAGGAGUGCUUCCGCAGUGGCUGCGAACCAGACGAUGGCGAUGAUAAAUAGGCUUCAAGAAGAGAAAGCAGCAAUGCAGAUGGAAGCGUUGCAGUAUCAGAGGAUGAUGGAAGAACAAUCCGACUAUGACCAGGAAGCCUUGCAGCUUCUCAAUGAGCUUAUGGUCAAGAGGGAGAGGGAGAAGGCGGAGCUCGAAAAGGAACUCGAGGUAUAUCGCAGGAAGGAAUUGGAUUACGAGGCUAAAGAGAGAAUGAUGAUGCUGAGAAGAAGGAAAGAUGACAACACUCGGAGUGCAAGUUCUGCAUCUUUCAGCAAUGCUGAUGAUAGUGAUGGUGUAUCGAUUGAUCUAAAUCAUGAAUCGAAGGAAGAAGAUAAAGAGGAUGUUAACCCGAAUACCCCUGCUGAUGCAGUCUUGUAUUUGGAGGAGUCAUUGGCUAGCUUCGAGGAAGAGAAGCUAUUCAUUCUAGAGCAACUCAAGGUCUUGGAAGAGAGAUUGAUUUCAUUGAAUGCUGAAGAGGCAGAACAACAUUUAGAGUAUGUGUAUGAAGAGAAUGGUAAUGGCUUCCACAAGAGUCCCAAUUUCGGCCUAGAAACGGACAGGGUUGCGAAUGGUCAUUUCAAGGGAGUGAACGGGAAACUCCAAGACAAAAUAAUUCCCAUGGCUGCAAACGCAAAGAGACUUCUCCCACUUUUUGAUGCCACCGACGCAGACAUUGAAGAUACGAUAUCGAGUGGACACGAAAACCGCUUCCAUUCUGUAGCCUUUCGACAUUCCUUACCUGAACUCGAGAGCAAAAUGCUCACAAUCGAGGAAGAAGUGGAUCAUGUUUACGAGAGAUUACAAGCACUUGAGGCAGAUAGAGAGUUCCUAAAACAUUGCAUCAGCUCAUUGAGGAAAGGAGAUAAAGGGCUCCAUCUUCUUCAAGAGAUUUUACAACAUCUUCGCAAUUUGAGGAGGUUCGAACUUCGCGCAAGGAGUACCGAAGAUGCUUCCAUGUAGUUUGCAUUCAUCAGAUCACACUCGAAAAACCGAUCGAAUUCUCAAUUGGAGUUGCUUAACCACUGCAAAUCUAGUACUAGGAAAAGUAAUAG